GUUUCAAGUUUACCAGUGAUUUGGGGAUUUUGGGGAGGUUUUAGGGUUCCAGUGAGCGAAUUCACAGUCGGAAAUGGCAGCUUCAGCUUCAGUUGCACUAAGAUCCUCGUGUCUGCGAGCAAUUUGUAGAAUAUCCACCAGUUCCGCCGCCCGAAAUGUCUCCGUUUCAUCGGUCCUUCCCUCGCUCCGCUCAAGUUUCGUUCCUCGGAGGACUUCAAUUUCCCCUACUCACUCUCUAAGGUUGUUGCGACGAGAAUUGAGCUCCCUUCGACCUGUUCACAGCGCAAUUGCCUCCGCUUGCCUUGUUUCUGAGCUGCCCGCCGAAGCCAGCGCCUCCGUAGAAGGUAGAUUUGUGAACUAUCUCAGCCCCAUCUAGCACCAAACGCUUAUAGAGAUGCAGGGUUUUCUUCUUGUGUAUUAGAUUUCCAGAUUCACUUCAUAACGUCUUCUGCUGUUGAUUAUGAAGACAUGGUUUCUUUGGUUCCUUGAAUUGAUUGUACUCAUAUAAGUAUAUUUAUGUUACAUUAAGCAGCCAAUUUUGCUAGUCUUGUUUUUAUCAA